AUGGGCUGCAAUUUGUGCACCUUGCAGAAACGGGAGGAACACUACAAACUGCUGUAUGAGAUCGCACAGGUGAACGGGCGCGACUUCUCCAAGGUCGAGCAUGAUGAUGCAGUGGUGGAGGCCAUUAGGCGAGACCCCAUUGUUGUCCAGGUUAUCAGGCGAACCCCCACCAGAGGCACGACUGCUGUUGCACACAACUACAGCGGCACACCACAGGAGGUGUGUGUGGUGGACGUAUGCACGCAAACGGACAUCACCUUCGAGCACAUCAUGGCUUUGGCAAAGCUCCGGCCAGCAACCCCACCAGUCCCUGACAUCUGUCCCUUCCUUUUGUCUGACAGCUGUCAUUCUAUCCACACCAUGGAACAUGAAUUUUAUGAAUGUCCAGAGUACCUUUCCAAUACCCCUGUAGAAGUGGAGAGGACGGAAGAGUAUGAGUAUGAGGAGGUGGAGCUGUGUAGGCAGAACAGCCAGGAGAAGCUAGGUUUGACGCUUUGCUACAGGACCGACGAUGAGGAGGACACCGCCAUCUAUGUCAGCCAGGUGGAGCCUAACAGUAUAGCAGCGAGAGAUGGACGCAUCAAAGAGGGAGAUCGUAUUCUACAGAUAAAUGGCUGUGAAGUGCAAGACAGAGAAAAGGCUGUCGCCUUGUUGUCAAGUGAAGAUGCAAGGAGCAUUAUACUACUGGUGACACGGCCGGAAAUGCAGCUGGAGGAAGAGAUAUGGCUUGAUGAUGAACAACAGCAGCUUGUCGAGGAACUGAAGAUGGAGAUCCUGGAGGAGAGGAGGAAGCAGAAGGAACAUAACUUUGACAGGAGCAAUGAGGUAAGAGCAAGUAAGCUUAUUGAAGAAGAGAUGACAACUGACACUGCUACCUGUUCAUCCAACAAUCAAGACAAAGAUAGUGGGUUUGGACGCAGUACAGACAGUCCAGAGCACCAGCCCCUGCUGGCCAGACUCCACAGGAGGAGUCCAGCACAUUGCCUUAGAGAACGAUGGCGGGCAGAUCAUCCACACACGAGGAGAGGGGCCGUAAUGUCAGAGGACAUCCAAUGUCAAAGGACAUUGUCCAAAGGCCAGGGCAAUGAAGGGGUAGUGAGUAUCCGCAAUAGUGGAAGUGGGGUCUUAGGUUUAGAGAAUCGCUUCCAGCAACUUCUGGAGCUCAAGUGUCAAAUCCGGAAUGGAGGCGAAUGUGGGGUGUACUCCAUUCGACACAGUAUAGAGUGUAAUGAUGUAGAAGGAGAAGGAGGAGUGGAGCAAGAGUUGAGGAUGCUAAAUGAGGAAUUGCGCAACAUUGAGCUGGAGUGCCAGAGCAUCAUGCAGGCCCAUCAGCUCCGCCAGACCCACCAGCUGGACCCCACACAGCCUGCAUCCUGUUCACCAGUACGGAGCCCCAAGGACAAGCGGCACGGCAGGCUGGCCGACAUUCAUGAACAUCCGGAGAGGUCAGACAGCGAUAAGAUCAGAGAAAAGGACAGCUCCAGUGCCUACAACACAGCGGAGAGUGCACGGUCAACACCACUAGGUAUGGAGAGAUCUCCUGACCACUCACUGCAGAGACACAUCAGCAUCACCAACCAGAAAAACCUCAGACUGGCAUCAGCCACACCCUCCUGCCCCAUACCUAUCCCCAAGCCCCAGGGUACACCCAGCCGUGGCAGACCAGCAGACCCAGGCCCUGUUAUCUCCAGCAGCCCAGACCAGAGUAACCCUUCCCGAAGAGGGCUUCCCUAUCCCUCCUCAUACCAAACAACUCCAUAUCAAGUCAUUUCUGUGCUAACAUUAUUUUGUGUGUUUCAGAGCUACAUGCAGCUGCUACAACAGCACUCAUCCCUUGAGUAUUCCCAGAGCCAGCUGAGUCUGCUCAGUGUCUGUCGAGAUCCCAUCCGUAAUGGCCGCCCUGGGGAACCACGUCUAGAGUGGAAGGUCAAGGUUCGCGCCGAUGGCACACGCUAUGUGGCCCGGAGGCCUGCUCGCGACCGCAUCUUGAGGGAGCGGGCACUAAGAAUUAGAGAAGAGAGAAGCGGAGGUAUGACUACAGAUGACGAUGCUAUGAGUGAGAUGAAAAUGGGCCGUUACUGGAGCAAAGAGGAGAGGAAGCAGCACUUGGCACGAGCCAGGGAGCAAAGGAAGAGGAGGGAGUUCAUGCAGAAGAGCCGUCUUGAGUGUCUCAAGGAGGGACCUGCCAGCGGAGCCGAGGGCAGGAAGGAGAUAAACAUCUUGGAGCUUAGUCACAAAAAGAUGAUGAAGAAACGUAACAAAAAGAUCCUGGACAACUGGAUGACCAUCCAGGAGUUGAUGAGUCAUGGGGCCAGAGUCCCUGAGGGCUCAAAAGUACAUAACGCCUUCCUUUCUGUCACAACUGUCUAG